AUGGCUCCCAAAAAUCGGCCUAAGCGGCCGCAGUUGAUGUCGCGGACUCGGCCACCAACUGUCAAGUCCAAGCAUGCGGCAUUGUCAUCCAAGGCCACCCGCCAUCUCAUUCGCUCCCACCACCAGUUGCUCAAGGCGCGAGCACAGGCUUUGCAAGCGGGCGACGAGGCUCGCGUCAGUAGCAUUGAUGCUCAAAUCCAUGCGAAUGGGGGCCUCGAAAGCUACCAGGUUGCCAGCAAGCUUGGGCAGUCCCUUGAACGAGGAGGUGAUUCCAGCAAGACCCUCCUCGACUGGAUCAGGCCGCAACUGAGCCAGUGGGAUACCACAAUCUCUAAACUCCGCGUGCUGGAAGUUGGUGCUUUAAGUACGAAGAAUGCGUGCUCCAUGGACCCGGCCUUGGAUGUUACGCGAAUCGACCUGAAUUCCCAAGAGCCGGGGAUUCUCAAACAAGAUUUCAUGGAGCGGCCCUUACCGUCUGGCGACGAAGAGCGCUUUCAUCUAAUAAGUCUAUCUUUGGUACUCAACUAUGUCCCCGAUGCCACGGGGCGAGGUGAAAUGCUCAAGCGCUGUGUGAAGUUCUUGACAUCCAAUAGUCCCGUUUCCUGUGUGCCUCGCCUCUUCCUUGUGUUGCCGGUUGCCUGUAUCGACAACUCGCGCUACCUCACCGAGCAAAGACUGCUCGACAUUCUGGCUUGCUUGGGAUUUCACCUCGCUCAGAGCAAGCGGACCUCGAAGCUAAUCUUUCAACUUUGGGAAUAUACGGGUGAAUAUUCGCUCAGAGUCUUCAAGAAGGAGAUGCUCAACCCUGGGAAGAAGAGAAACAACUUUGCCAUCAUUCUUCAGGGAGAUUGA